AUGAAAAAGACAAAUGAUAUUGUCAGCCAUAUCGUUGAUGGAAAAGUUAAACUUGAUGAAUUGGAGCCUACCUUGGAAAACUUGGGGGUUGAGGUAACUGAGGAUGAGAUUGAAGAAGUAUUAAAUGCAACUGAGAUUUAUGAUGAUGGAACAGUGGAUUUAAAAACCUUCAUGAAGUCUUUGGCUAAAGCACAAGAAUUUCCUGAGGGUCAACGAAUUGAAAAUGCUUGUAACAUUAUUACUAACAUCAUUGAUGGGAAAGUCAGGAAGGAUGAUUUCCCACAAACCCUGCAGAGUUGUGGGGUCGAGUUAACUGAUAAAGAUGUUGAAGAAGCCUUGCAAACAACUGAGCUUGAUGAUGAUGACAAGUUGCCUUUAAAAACCUUUAUUGAGAUUUUGACCAAAAAUCUAGAGUCUAAUGAGAAACAGCCAUUAGAAAAUGCUGGUAACAUUAUCAACAAUAUUGUGGAUGGGAAAAUCAAAGUAAAUAAACUGGCAUCUGUCCUUGAGAGUUUAGGAAUCCCUUUAACAUUUGAACAGCUUAAAGAAGCAAUAAAAAGCAGUGCAAUUGAUGACAAUGAUAUGGUGGAUUUAAGGGACUUUAUCAAAAAACUGACUAAGGAUGAUCAAUUUUACCCAGAUAAAAGAAUAGAAUCUGCUUGCGAGGUUAUCUCCAAUAUCACUGAUGGGAAAGUGAAGAUGGCUGAAGUGCUACCUAUCCUAGAAAGUUUUGGAAUUGAAAUACCUGAAGAUGAGAUUAAAGAAGUGCUGAAUUCUAUGGGUAUUGAAGAUGAUGGAGUAGUGGAUUUACCUCAGUUUAUGAGUUCUUUUAUCAAAGACAAGAGUGAAAAGACCCCAAGAAUAGAAGAUACAUGUGAAGAGAUUUCCAAUAUUAGUGAAGGAAAAGUCCACCCUUCUAAAAUUCCAAUUACCUUAGAAAGUUUGAAGUUAAGGGAAUCUGAUGAAGACAUUCAGGAAGCUUUGAAAAAUCUUGACACUGAUGACUUAGAAUUAUGGGCUCGAUUGUUCAGUUAUCAUGGACAAUUUCAUGCUAGGACAGAACUUUCUUUAUUAGCUCAUGUCUACUAUUCUAACUUCUAA